GUAAAGUUGAAUGAUUAACUGUCUAGAUAAAGUAAGCGACUAACAGCAGUGGAGAAGGAAGUGUGAAAGUGCAGUAAAGCAAGGAAGAGUGGAAGACAGAAAAUAAAAGGACUCUAAGGAACAGCAGGAUAAACCAGCUUAUUCAUUCGUUAUUAAAAUUGUUCCCAUAUGGAAGAGCCUGGUGAACAACCCAGGAAGGCUGAGCUAAAUGAUGGCAACUUGAUGCCACUACUGGGCCUGGGGACAUGGAAAGCAAAGUAUAUUAUUGUUUUAUCACAUGGCUGUCAGGACACAAGCUCAGAAUUGUGUCAAGGUGCAGCUGAGACAGCUAUAGCUGCUGGUUACCGUCACUUGGACACGGCCUACAGUUAUCAGAAUGAGGUGGAGCUGGGGAAGGCGAUCCAAUCCAAAAUGCAGCAGGGCAUCAUUAGGCGCCAGGACAUGUUCAUCGUGAGUAAGUUGUGGUGCACUCAUCAUGCCCCCAAGGACAUCCCUCUGUGUCUGAAUAAAUCUCUCAGUGACCUGCAACUCGAGUACCUGGACCUGUAUCUGGUGCACUUUCCCGUGGGACUACAGAAAGUUGAUAAUGAGCUCUUUCCUAUGAAGGAUGGAAAGAUAGUCACAUCAGAUAUUGAUUAUGUGGAUGUGUGGCAGGGGAUGGAAGCCCUGAAGGCCUCUGGAAAAGUAAAGAGUAUUGGUGUGUCCAACUUCUCAAUCCAACAAUUGGAAAGGCUGCUGUCUGUGGCUAAAAUCCCACCAGCUGUCAAUCAGGUAGAGCUUCAUCCUUACUUUGUGCAGUCUGAUCUGAUCGAAUAUUGUAAAUCGAAGAACAUCACUCUCACAGCCUACAGUCCCUUUGGCUCACCAGGAAGGUCCAAAGAGCAUCAUAGAGGAGACAAAGAUCCUGAAAAGCUGUUGGAGGACCCUGUGGUUGGGGGAAUUGCUGCAAAACACAGACGGACUCCUGCACAGAUUUUGCUGAGAUAUCAUAUUGAGCAGAAUAUUGCAGUGAUUCCAAAGAGCGUUAAACCCCACCAUAUUCUGGAGAACACAAAGAUCUUUGAUUUCUCUCUGGACUCGGAGGAUAUGAGUGCACUCAGGUCUCUGGAUCGUGGCUGGAAGGCCUGCGUCAUUGAACAGUUGGAAACUCAUCCUUACUACCCUUUUAAGUGAAAUGCUGUUAAUACUGGAUAUGCGAGUGCUGCUGCUCAGAUGACAGAACAAGAUUUUAAACAAAGGCAUUUAAAUUGCUCAACAAAUUGUCUAAAUCAAAAUACUCACAAGUGUGUUAGUGCCAAACUGUGAUUGUAACAUACACUGUGCUAAACUGAACCUCGGAGAGAAAGAAUAAACAUGCUUGUUUUUUAAUGUUUUCCUCUAA